AGAUGAAUAUUUUGUUUAUUUAUUAUAAAUGAAGUUUUUGGAAGAUAUUUGGUAAUUCUUCACUUGUUUCGACUUAAAUCAAACAGGACAUUUGUUGUGGACAAUUUAAAUAAUGUCCAGAAUGAAUGUACAAUAUGAUCGUCAAAUUAACGAAGAGGAGAUCGAAGAGGAUCCGUAUUAUUUCACCUAUAACAGAGAGUUGACCACCAGACCUCAUGCUUUACCAACUUCUAUUGGUAUAUUUCAAAUCAUCAGUGGCUUCAUCUCAGCUAUAUUAGGUACAUUUGAAGUGUUUAUUGUACCAAUGGCUGAAGCCUCAAGUGACGAACGAGUUCUUGAAUUAUCAAAACAAAAUUGUUAUGGUGCUGGAUUAUGGGGUGGACUCUUGAUGAUAUUAACAGGAAGUACAGCUAUUAGAGCCAGUAUCAGUAAGCGAAACACAACUGUAGCCAGAUUUUACAAUUUAACCAUAGUCACAUUUUUCCUGUACAUGUGUGUAACAGUAUUUUUAAUGGUAGCUUAUGGACAGGGCUGGACAACCAAAGACAAAUAUCCUCCUGGUAGCAACAUGCAUAUGGUACAUUUAUUUGUUACAGUGAAUUCCUUGUUAGGACUUUUAUUUGCCUUAACAGCUCUGGUGAAAUAUUUUAACAUUGUGUUUAGUGAUAGUGUGGAUUUGUUGAGGAGGUGGAGAAACUGGUUCCUCUGUUGUUUCCCAAGACAAAGUCAGACUCAGCCGAGACAGGAACCAAACUUACUCAUGUAGUAGGUCUGUCAGCUUGGUGCCAAUUUUGGUAAGAAACAUUGUUACUUUGUCAUCGUAAGCAUACAACACUAAACCUGAUUGGUUGAUUUUAAAGACUUGAUAUAUUAACCAAUCAGAAGGUAAUUAUAUGCGAAAAAUCAAAAGUUACAAACAUUCUGAACCAAUUAAAAUCAAUGAAAUGUUUGAGAUUAGGGCCCUGAAAUGUAGAUGAUUCACUUCAUGUUGUUCUUAAACAUCUAGAAGUGUGUUUUAAUUACAUUGUUUGAGUGCCUUAUUUUAUUUUUUAAAAUCAACUUGGCAGUCUGCACUUGGGCAUUACAGUGUGUUUUUUUAACAACACCUAAAUGCAAAAUUAAAUGAUAAUUCCAAUUUCCUUUUAUAGUGGUUUUGUAUAUAUUUUGCUGAUGUUUGACUUUGUUACUGAAAGAAUUUGUGAGUGUUUAAUGCCGAGAUCGAGAAUGCAUUGUGGGUAAAUGAGCAAUUGAUUUUGGCCUUGUGUUCGGUAUCUUUUAAUGAUGGGUUUCGUCAAAUUAAUGGAUAACUUCUGGCAAGAUGAAACAUUUUCUAAAACUGUUUUAUGAAUGCAGGGCUGAAGAAUGACUUGAUUUGAAAUACAUAUCGAUAUAUACCAGAAAGUAAUGAAAAUCCUAGGUUAAUCAUUGAAUUUUAAGUAGAGCCAAGAUCAUUAUACACAUCUAGGAAAGAAGGACUGUUCUUGUUUGUGGAGCUUUCCUGGACGUGCAUAAAAAUGUUGUCGUUUGUUUAUUUUAUUUAUUUUUUAUACUCUGGAGUUGUUUUGUUAUGGAAUCAUGUCAAUAAAAAUUGUAAAUAUUU